CCGAUUUUUACAUACGGUCUCACUAUAUUCAACAAUUCAGUGAUUUUUUUAGUUUAAUAAAAAACUUGGACCACAUUUUCGUUAACUAUUGGCACUUAGAAUCACAAUGCCGUGCUUCCUAUGCACUCAUCGUGUGGACGACGCCAUUAGCAAUAUAAAGUUCGAUUCCGUCGAAGCUGACUCGCUCGGAUUAAGGCAAAUAAUUGAAAAACACUUUUGGUUGCGGAAUGCCCACAAAGCCCUGACCGAACUGGAAACAAAGCAGGCAGAGGAGACCGUCACGGAGAAUCAGACCACUCCAACAGCAGUAGUUGCAGCCGUUUAUGGCGGUACUGUAAAGGAUGAGAACGUGCAAAGCGUAGCAGCUGCCGUGAAGCGCAGGCGGGGUCGUCCCCGCAAGACCCGGGCUGCUUCAAGUGACGAAGAAUUUCAGAACGUGCUGGAACAGAUCAAUUUGAACGAGAUUAAAAUUGAGUACCCCGAGGCAGAUCUAACCAUAGCUGAUGUGCUGGAGGAUCAGGAGGAGCAAGACUUUGAGUCACACAGUGGCUGUGCCACGGAAGAUGAUGAUAUUAAGGAACCCAAACCGAAAAUCACUCAAAAGGUUCGUGGAAGGGGCCGCGGUCGUGGCCGAGUUCGGCUAGCGGAGAAGCCAAAAAAAACCCUCGUCUAUAAUCUUCAGAAGUCGAGCGAGUUCAAUGACUACAUCAGGCAACACUACAAGAUGCAGUGUCAUGUGUGCAGUGCCCCCAUGGAGGGUUUCUCGGAGAUGCUUGUCCAUGUGCGAGAGAAUCACAAUCAGUGUGGAUAUGCCGUCUGCUGUAACCGAAAGUUCAGAAAGCGCGGCGUACUAGUCGAUCAUCUGCGACGCCACGAGGAUCGCGACCUCUUCAAGUGCAAAAUCUGUGAUCGCGUAAUGGGCCAGAGGCGAAGCCUUGAACUCCACAUGCGAAUGCACGACGUCAAGUCGCAGGGCCGUCUCUACCAGUGCGAUCAUUGUUCCAAGAGCUUCUACAGCGACGUCGUCUGCGAACGACACAAACUAACGCACAUUCCCAAGGAGCAGUGCCAGGUGAAAUGCACCAACUGCGAGAAGACUUUCCCCACCAAUUAUACCAUGCUGCAGCAUUUUAAGCUCGUACACUUGAAUUUAUAUGCAAAGAUUUGCGACGUUUGCGGCAAGUCCAUACGUGGACGGGAGGCUCUCGCUCGCCACAUGGAGGAGCACACGGGCGCUCCGCAGGCUACCAUCGAGUGUCAUCUGUGCGACUCCAAACUAACCACCAAAUACGGCCUGGCGCGUCACAUCAAAAUGAUGCACACUGUCGAGAACCUACAGCCGAUGCAGUGCGAGCUGUGCCUCAAGAUUUCACCCAGCCUCCAGGCACAUCAGCACCACAUCAAGUACACCCAUAACACGGCCCGCAAUCACCAGUGUCCGAUGUGUGAGAAGGCCUUCAAGCGACCAAACGAAUUGCGGGAGCAUUUGACAACGCAUACGGGCGAAGUUCUGUACACCUGUCCGCAUUGCACACAGACCUUCAACUCGAAUGCCAACAUGCAUGCCCACCGCAAGAAAGUGCAUCGCAAGGAGUGGGAAGAGCACCGCCUCCAGCGCUUGGUGCGAGGCCGGAAAAAAGAUUCGAUCAUUGCAGCGAGCGUGCGAAAGACCACCGAGGCCAGGGAGGACUUCAGUGUAGAUCAGACCACUGCUGUCGUGGCUCCAGCCGCCAACAGUCUCAGAGUCUUAGAGGAAUGUUAACAAAGUGACAUAACACUCCGUGGCAUUAUAAAAGUGUACAUUUAAUUCAAA